CCUUUAUAAGUGAAUCGCGUCCGAUAGAUCCCUCAGAUCGAAAAUGACAACCAGAUUAUUUGUACUCGCAACUCUUGUCACCCUUGCUCGGUCCGACCGUCCUUAUGGCGGAUUCGAGAUGCCAAUUUUUGGAGGGACCAAGAUAGUCGGAGGUGUUGAGGCGGGUCAGGGACAAUUUCCCCAUCAGGUGUCCUUGCAAUGGGGUAUUGCGGAUUCCCUGUCGAAGCACUUCUGUGGAGGAUCCAUCAUCGACUCCCAGUGGGUCCUUACUGCAGGACACUGCAUUAAGGCAGUUCCAUCCUAUGGCUCGUUCCUGGUCAAAGCUGGGAAACACGUCAUCACGCGAAAGGAAGGCACGGAGCAAUCAGUCCGAGUGGCCAAAUCCUUCGUCCACGAAUCUUACGCAGGUGGCGUGGCUCCUUACGACAUUGCCUUGGUCAAGCUUCGAACCCCAUUGACCCUGAACGAGCGAGUGGCCACAAUAGGCCUCCCAAAACCAGGAAGCAUUCCUUCGGGAAAUGUCAUCCUCUCCGGCUGGGGAUCCAUCUCGUCUUCUUCAAGUGCCAUCAUGCCUUCUAGUCUGCAGACUGCCGAACUUCCAGUGGUCGACAUCCCUAAAUGUCGACGAGCUCUCAAUAUUCUGAUAGGCUCCUCUCCCUUGCACGAGACCAACGUCUGCACGGGGUCCUUGAAGGGCAGCCAGUCGGCCUGCAGCGGUGAUUCCGGUGGUCCCCUAAUUCUGAAGAACGAGGUCAUCGGCGUGGUGUCCUGGGGCAUCUUCCCCUGCGGCACUGGUGGUGCUCCUUCGGUUUACGUCAGGGUAUCGGCGUUCAUCGACUGGAUUGAAUCGAUCAUAGCGAAUAAUUAGUUCUAAUCGAGAUAAUAAACGAAACUGGGAUGACUGGA